AUGGGCGAUGAAGCAGCAUCGACCGGGCCGCCGAACAGAGAACUCUACGCGCUUCUGAAUUUGUCACCGGAGGCCUCCGACGAAGAAAUCAAGAAAUCUUAUCGUCAAUGGGCUCAAGUGUAUCACCCCGACAAGUGCCAAAAUCCUCUGAUGAAGGAGGUUGCUGAAGAGAACUUCAAACGCAUAAAUGAAGCAUACGAGAUAUUGUCGAAUGAGACUAAGAGGCUAAUAUAUGACUUAUAUGGCAUGGAAGGCUUGACCUCAGGAUUGGAGCUUGGUCCCAGGCUGAGUAAGGCCGACGAGAUCAAGGAGGAGCUUGAAAAGAUUAAGAGGAGAAACGAAGAAGCUAAGAAUAUGGCACAUUUUCUUCCCACCGGUUCAAUUAUCUUCAAUCUGUCUCUGCCAAAUUUUCUAGACGGUGAUGGCAUCAUGAGAGGAAUGGUUAUGGCUAGUCAAGUGCAGUCUCAGUUAUCAAAAGAUGAUGCUAUUGCCAUUGGCGGAAACCUGGCGGCCAAUGAAAAGUCUGGUGGCGGAAUUGCUACUGCCAUUAUGAGACGCCAGCUUUCUCCGGUGUCAUCCAUAGAGUUUCUCGCUUCAACGGGUUUGCAGUCGGUUAUUGGAAUGCAGACGACACGUCAGUUAUCCAUACAUUCAACUGCCACUAUCAAUAUCUCCAAGUCUUUGAGUGAUGGUUCCAUUAAUCUUACCAACACGUGGACUCGGCAGCUUUCAGAAACUACAAGCGGAAAUAUUGAACUGGCACUGGGUAUGCGAUCAGGAAUUGGAGUCGGAUGGAAAAAGAGAGACGAGGAUGUAUCUGCUACUGCUGACCUGAAGAUUGAGGCUGGUGGACUCGGAGCUUCAGCGCGUUAUACUCGUAAACUUUCAUCCAAAUCUCACGGCCGCGUUGUAGGUAGAAUCGGAAGCAAUGCUCUUGAGAUUGAGGUCGGUGGCGGAAGGAAGAUUUCUGAGUUCAGUACCGUAAGAAUGAUGUAUACAAUAGGAAUCAAGGGUGUUUUCUGGAAACUAGAGCUACACCGUGGUGGUCAAAAGCUGAUUGUUCCUAUCCUGCUCACCUCAUAUUUAAGUCCAGUAUUUGCAACUGGAGCAUUCGUUGUUCCAACAUCCCUUUACUUCUUGUUAAAGAAAUUUGUGGUGAAGCCGUAUUUGCAUAAAAGAGAAAAACGAAAGGCCUUGGAGAACAUGGAGAAAACUUAUGGCCAGGUUCGGGAAGCAAGGGCAUCGGCUGAGAAAGCUCAGCAACUGCUACAAAACGUAGCCACGAGGAAGAAAAACCGGCAAGCAGAAACAGGCGGGCUCAUAGUAACGAAGGCGUUGUAUGGUGACGCAAAAGCGAUAGAGAAAAGACACGAACACUUAGUAGUAGAAGAAGUAGAUUCGGGAGUCAUUGACGUGACAGUGCCCAUGAACUUCCUUGUAAGUGACUCUGGGGAGCUCAAGCUCCAUGAAGGAGUGAAGAAAUCAGGGAUCAUGGGCUUUUGCGAUCCAUGUCCGGGCCAACCUAAGCAGUUAUACAUUGCCUAUACUUACGAUGCUCGUACAUCUGAGGUCAUUGUGGGUGACUGUGAAGAGCUGAUUAUACCACAAGAAGAAGGGCAGUGA